AAUUACCGUACACUUCUACCGGUAACCGUGCUGUGAACUUAGCUAUAUUCGCCAAUCAGAAGGCGCUAAAGCCUGCUCGCUUGGGCGUGCAUCCGGCAUUCGUACCGUGACGAGAAAAAAAAAAAAAAAUAACGAGACAUGCGUAGGGGUAGCGGUUCGCUGUCGACCUUUCCCCAGAUUCAACAUGCCUACUCCAAUCCCCCACCCGCCACCUCGCUAGCAAUUAACGACGGCGCCCAGCAGCAACAACAACAACAAAACACACAGACGCACACGCGCAGUCGCAGCAAUAGCAUAACGAGCAGGCUUCUUAGACCUAGCACCAGCUCAGGCGAUCAACAGCAGCAAAAGGUCACGCUUUACCCAAACCCGCCUCCCGAAACCCCACGCCUCGGCGGCGUGUUGACCAAGGAACGCAGGCCCUCUUUCGGCCGCAAGUCGUCCUUUUCGAGGCUGCGCCGCAGCAGCUCUGCCUCGAAUGUCGCUGCGGCCGCCGCCAAAGAGCCUCCUGGACGUCAGGGAAAGCUUCGCGUAACCACCGACCGCUCCGCUCCCCCGCUGCCCGACAUUUCUAGGUCGCGGUACUCUCGCCUCGACAGCGCUCAGGAUUCCUCUUUUUACCUUCAGUCGCCUCCGCUUUCCGCCGACUCCUUCUCCAAGAUGCUGUCGCGGACGACUACAAACAACAACGGUGGGCAGAUGGUCCCGCCGCCAGCCCCUACCUCAGGUCAGACGGACUCUCAUAGUAUGGUAUACCAGCAUAUACAAGAGACAGCCAGCAAGAGGAUUUCUACAUUAGAUUACCUGCGAAAAGCACAUGAAGGGCGCGUUUACUGGUUCAACACGCUCCUUUUCGACAAGCCCGACCUAGCGCGAAUGCCCUACUUCGAUAGCCGCAAGCUCGCCCGUCGCGCAACAAACUACCUCUUGCUUGGCCUAUCCCUUCCCGCCGUCGUCGACCUCAACAGCUCAACUCCACUCGAGUUUCUACGCAGUCUAAACAUACUCCUCGGCGAGUUCGAGACAUUCCAGACCCUUCACUCUGAGUCCGGCACCGCCGCGUCGUCACUCUCCCGCGCCCGCAUUCCCAAUAUGUUCCGCCGCGGCGCCCAGUCUGCCAAAACCCGCCGUACCUCUGGCGCCAACGACCUCGGCAUCGCCGGCCUCGACCAAUCCGAGUCCAACGGCGGUCCGCUCACGGGCAACCCUCUGGACGGCGGGUCCUCGGCUGGCGGCGACGCACCCGCACUAUCCUUUGCUGCCAGCGAUACGGACCUGCUCCCGGGCGAGGAGUACACGCACCUCCUCACGCCGUCGCUCCCCUUCGACCCAGACUUCUUUGAGACGUUUGCAACACUCUGCGACGUCCUGAUAGACUGCUACAGGCGCCUGUUGACGCUGCUCUCGUCGCCUAAGGACUGUAACGCCCAGAUUGCGGAGCUCUUUACCAAGGCCGACGCCAGGGUGCGCAAGAUCAUCAUCCAGGGUGCCGUCAAGGAGUUUGAGGACACGAGUCGCGCAGGGGUGAAGAACGAGGUCGCCAACGUGGGCAAAGUCGUUCUCGGCUCGCUGAUGUGAAAGACUGCAUACGAUUUUUUUUCUUUUUUCUUUUGCCCCCACUUUACUGUAUCGCAUUUUUCCUGCCUACUUUUUUUCCCUUAUACUGUAUAAAAUAUUGAGGACAAGCGCAGGCAUUCAAGGCACGGCACGGCACGUUUUUGGCUUAUUUGGCUUAUUUUUUCCCCUUGAUUCACUGGCACGGAGUUGAUUCAUGGCACUGAUUGGAAGACGAGGAUAUCAUCGUCCUUGUAGUUUGAUACCACAUAAUGAGAAUAUAUUGGA